GGUCACGUAUUUCGCUUCCAUCUGGCCCCCGGUACUGAUCGUCGCCUGCGGAAUUUUCAGCUUCGUCGCCGCGUGUUUGAUGGUCGGUUGGAGUUCAACCCGGAGGUGUUGCGGGUGCCUGAUUACAAUGUGGGGCACGAAGUGGAAGCAGCGCUUCAACGUUCCCUGGACGAACGGAUCCGGGAAGAAAGAUUACGGGAGGAGGACUAUGUGCAUUUUUCCCUGCAACAUCCCACCUUUGUGCACGCCUUUCACUCCGUAACGUUUCCCGUUCAGGAAUGGAAUGCCCGCAGCGAGCGAGUCAAUGGACAGUUGCAACGAUUGGCUGACAAAUUGAAUUCCAACGAACAAUUCGGUCCAAACGACCAAUUGCAGGUGCAACUGACCACCGUGCGCAUGCAAGACCGAGGUGCAGGAGGGCGAAAGGAAAAGCGACCGGGUGUUCUCCCUUACGAGUACGUAUUGAAGAAGCGGAGCGUUAUCAUCAUUCAAAACACGGACGAACUGUGCUGCGCUCGCGCUCUCGUUACUAUGCGGGCGUGGACCGACGAGCAAUUACCGAGGCAACGUACUCCGGAAAUAGCUUAUACAACUUUACGGAGAGGCCAUUCAGCUCAAGAGCGAUUGGCCAAGCGAUUGCACGCGGACGCGCGCGUACCCGAAGGCCCUUGCGGGUUGAGCGAACUCACCCUCUUUCAAAUUGUCCUAUCGGACUAUCACAUCAAAGUCUUUGGAGCAGAGCAGGGCUAUCAAGUAAUCUUUGGCCAUGGCGAAAAACGAGCUGAACAGCGGUACAUUUUUCUGUUGAAAAAGGAUCACCAUUAUCACGGAUUGACGUCCAUUCCGGCGUUUGCGGGUCGCAGUUAUUAUUGUCAUCUCUGCGACAAAGGGUACGACCACGAGGACUUUGACAAUCACCCUUGCAUCAAGAGUCGCUGUGUCGCCUGCAAGCAGAAAGAUUGUGCAGACUACAAGCGAAGUCUCCCUGUAGAAGGCACCAUUCCCCGGCCUACGCAGGCCCCCUGCAAUGUUUGCUGUCGCUCGUUUUACGGAGAGCGUUGUCUGGAACAACACCGACGGUGCUCCCCCGAUGGGAAAGUGGCGAAUCGCAGAGGUAGUGCCGUGUGCGCGUACCUGUACACAUGCAAGUCUUGUCGCAAACAGGUGAACUUGUGGCGGAAACGUCACCAAAGUCAGCGACCACACAAGUGCGGAGAAUUUUACUGCAAGACCUGCAACAACUUUGCCAUGGCGGAUGAACACCAGUGUUUCAUCCCCAGAGUCUUGGAGAAUGAUCAGGUGAACGUGGUGGGACCUCCAGCCGCCAAACGUCCGCGACGCGGGAUGGCGCAUGCCCUUCAGGUCCUUGAGAGUAACAAGCGACGGGACAGCGACGAGCACGCCGAGGAGGAGGGUCGUGCGCUUCCGCCGUAUUUCGUGUACGCGGAUUAUGAGUGCACGCAGGACGAACGAGAACACGUGCCAAUUCUCAUCUGCGCGGCUGGGGAAGAUAUCGAGGACCCCUUGGUGUUUUACGGGGGGGAUUGCACGGCAGCCUUUUACGACUGGGUGCAGCAAAAGACGAAGGUGCUGGAUCGCCCGCGAGAAGUCAUCAUCCUCUUCCAUAAUUUAAAGGGGUACGAUGGAAUAUUUGUCCUCAAGUACCUCUACGAUCAGCGGUGCGAGGUAAGAGAUCAGAUCUCUGUGGGGACAAAGACCUUAAGCCUAAGGAGCGGUCGUCUGACCUUCAAGGACAGUCUCUGUUUUUUACCGUUCCCUCUGUCUGCCUUUGCUGAUACCUUUGGUCUCCAGGAGGACAAAAAAGGCUUCUUUCCUCACUUGUUUAAUACGAAGACCAACCAAGACUAUGUGGGACCUUGGCCGGAUCGCAACCAUUAUGAUCCCGACAGCAUGAUGCCAUCGAAACGCCGUGAAUUCGACGCGUGGUACGACAAAGUCAAAGACCUUCAGUUUAACCUGUACGAGGAGAUGGUGGCAUACUGCAAGUCGGACAUCAAAGUGCUAAAAGCCGGCUGCGAGAUCUUUGUCCGCGAGUUUGAGAGCAAGGCAGAUUUUAAUCCCCUGGCCAAGUGCGUGACCAUCGCGUCGGCAUGCAUGCGGUAUUACCGUAAACUGGUCAUGCCCAGCAACCUCCUUGCCCUGGAACCCCCGUGGGGAUGGUCGGGAAAACGUGGACGGCAAUCCCACAAGGCCCAUCAGUGGUUGGAAUGGUGCAACCACCGGUUGAUGGAGAAGGACACAUCCCCCCGCAUUCGUCAUGCCUUCAACGGUGGCGAGCAGACCCUUCUUGUCGAAGGUCGGCGGGUACAAGUGGAUGGGUUCGACGCUACAGCCAACACAGUGUACGAAUUUCACGGUUGUUUGUGGCACGGUUGCCCACGUUGUUAUCCGGGCAGCAUGAACAAGACUACACGGGUUCAUCCCGACCGCACCAAACAGGAGGUCUACCAAGCCACGUGUGCCAAAGAAACCUCCCUACGUAUGGCGGGGUAUAUGGUCGUCGUGGAAUGGGAGUGUGUUUGGGAUCGUCGCCUACAGGUAGAUGCGGACCUGCAAGCCUUCUUGCAAGGACGCACCUUUCAAGUUCCUUCAUUGAACCCUCGCGAUGCCUUUUUCGGCGGCCGAACUAACGCCUGCCAGUUGUAUGCGGAGGCGGAUGUGAACCAGGGAGAGGAAAUCCGCUACGUGGAUGUGACCUCCCUGUACCCGACAGUCAACAAGUACGACACGUUCCCCGUCAAGUAUCCGCAGAUUAUCACCCAGCCCGUGCAAGACAUUCAACGUUACUUUGGCAUCGCGGACUGCACCGUGGUACCGCCCAUGUACUUGUAUCAUCCCGUCCUUCCUUAUCGUUGCGGUGGUAAAGUUACCUUCCCACUCUGCCGGCAGUGUGUGGAAGAAGAACUCCCCAAACCGCUGACCGAACGCUCGUGGGUCUGCAAACAUAAACGGACCCAGCGGUCAAUUCGCGGCACCUGGUGUACCCCAGAGCUGAUAAAAGCCCAAGAAAAAGGUUAUGAGAUCCUUCAGAUUCACGAGGUAUACCACUUCCCUCCCGAGCAGCGGAAAACUGGGCUUUUUUCGGACUACAUAAACACGUGGCUCAAAGACAAGACAGAGGCUUCUGGCUGGCCCCCUAACGCUGAUGGGAGUGUUAAGAGCAUGGAGGAAAAGCGGGAGUUCAUAUUGGCUUACCAGGAGAGAGAGGGUAUCCGCUUGGACAUCCCCAGCAUGGUCAAGAAUAAAGGCAAGAAAGCCACCGCCAAGCUAGCAUUGAAUUCCUUCUGGGGAAAAUUUGGAGAGAGGGAAAACAAGCAAAAAGUGGUGCAGGUUACCAACCCGUCGAAAUUGUACGAGCUGGUCAAAGAUGAGACGGUGAACAUCCACGCAUUCCGCAUCAUGAACGACGAGUGCUUGGAAGUCUCCUUUGACAAGUUGGACGAGGAUGCUGCGGGCGGCAAGACCACCAACAUCUUUAUUGCGGCCUUCACCACCUGUUGGGCUCGUCUCCGCCUUUACCAUCACCUGGACACCGUCGAACGGAACGCCUUGUACUUUGACACAGAUUCCGUCAUCUACAAGUGGUGGCCUGGUCAGCCCGAGAUUCCCUUGGGAAACUUCUUGGGGGACAUGACCGACGAACUGGAUCCGGGCGAUGGCACCCGGGACUUUAUCGUGGAAUUCGUGUCCUGUGGCCCCAAGAAUUAUGGGUACCGCACCAACAAGGGCAACACCGAGGUCAAGGUGCGGGGAUUCACCCUCAACGUGCGUGGACAGGAACAUUUACAUUUUGAUAGUAUGAAGCACACGCUGAUGGCGGAGGUGCUCGAUCCCCAGAAAAAGAAACGUAAAAUCACGGUCCCUGUCCCCUUCUUCAUCCGCCGUGACGCCAUCAACAAGACCUUGACCACGGUUGAAAGAGACAAGACCUGGGGGGUGGUCUUCGAUAAGCGGGUCGUUUCUCAGGACGAGGACUUCAACACCCUCCCGUACGGGUAU